AUGGCAUCGAAAGAAACGGAGAUCGCUCGCGAGAUGGGCUCUGAAGUCCUCUAUCCCUCCGAGAAAGCGCCAGAGACAGCCCACACACCGAAAGAUACCGCUGAGGAUCAUGGCAGCUCCGACCAGGACUCUCUUGAUCAAGAGGCUCAGGCUGGUGUGAAAGGUGUUCAGGCCACUGCGGCCGUGUGGACUAAGUCUCAUAUGAUCUUGGCAUAUGUGAUCAUAUGGUUUAUCUACUUUGUUACCUCCAUCCAGGAGGUCGUCAUCCGUUCUCUGAACCCAUACGUGACCAGUGCCUUUAGGCUCCAUUCUUUGACGGCUGCCACGAGUAUCAUGGCCAAUAUCAUUGGAGGCUUGAGUAAAAUUCCAUUGGCAAAGAUUCUGGACUCGUGGGGUCGACCUCAGGGUAUGAGUUUGAUGCUGAUCAUUUGGGUUGUGGGAUUCAUCAUGAUGGCGGCAUGCAACAACGUUGAGACAUACGCAGCUGCGCAGGUUUUCUCAUCCGUGGGAUCCCAAGGAGUCAGCUAUUGUUUGACAGUUUUCAUCUCAGACACCUCUGCAUUGAAGAAUCGAGCCCUCAUGUUAUCUUUUGCAACUUCGCCAUACGUCAUCACCACUUGGAUCGGAGGUCCAAUCUCCCAGAGUGUCCUCGGAGGCCCUGGCUGGCGAUGGGGAUUCGGAAUCUUCACUAUUAUCGUUCCGGUUGUGGUGGCACCUCUGUGUCUUCUGUUCUUCUGGAAUCAGCGAAAGGCUAAGAAGAUGGGCUUGCUCGCGUCCAGCCAUGGCCAUGUCACCUUUGCUUCAUUGAAGAAAUACUGCAUAGAGAUCGACUUGAUUGGAAUCAUUCUUCUGGCAGGAGGAAUGGCCUUGUUCCUUCUUCCAUUCAGCCUCUGGUCUUACCAAAAGGAUCAAUGGCGGUCAGCAAUGAUUAUCUGCAUGAUCGUUUUUGGAGGCCUUUUGCUCAUCUUGUUCGCCGUCUACGAGCGAUUCUGGGCUCCAGUGACCUUCAUCCCAUUCAAUUUACUGAUGGACCGAACCGUCUUCUUCGGAGGGUUAAUGUUCGUCUUUGAGUUUUUCAACUCAAUGGUCUGGGGUAGUUAUUUCACAUCAAUGCUCCAGGUUGUUUGGGGUCUGGAUGUCACAGAAGCCAGUUAUGUCUCAGCCAUUUACAGAGUCGGUUCCUGUCUCUUUUGUCUCCUCGUCGGCUUCCUGAUCCGCUGGACUGGUCGCUUCAAAUGGCUGGCCGUUUACUUCUCCUUCCCGCUUAUGAUACUAGGCGUUGGGCUGAUGAUCAAAUUCCGUCAGCCCGAUACGAAUAUUGGGUAUAUUUGCAUGACGCAAAUCUUUGUUGCCGUGGCUGGUGGAACCACUGUUAUUUGCGGCGAGCUUGCUAUGAUGGCGCCUUCCGAUCACCAGCACAUUGCUGUUGUCCUUGCUAUGCUGGAUCUAUUCGGUAGCAUCGGCAGUGCAAUUGGAUCAACUGUGUCUGCUGCUACCUGGACCAGUCAAUUCCCGAAGGCGCUGACCAAAUACCUGCCAGCAGAUGUGAAUAUGGCAACGGUUUAUUCCGAUAUCACGGCCCAGCUGUCGUAUCCGUGGGGAAGCUCAACUCGGAAUGCUAUUGCUCACGCCUAUGGAGAUGCGCAGCGAUAUAUGCUGGUGACCAGUGUUUGUCUGCUGGUAGUUGCCUGGGGAUGUGCUGGGAUGUGGAGAGAUAUCAAGAUAAAGGAUCUUAAGCAGGUCAGGGGCCGCGUUAUUUAA